CCUAAAAAAUUGGAAAGAAGACAAGUUUAAGAUCAUCACCCUCUUGUCUGCCUCCCCAACUUAUUACCUCUUCUUAUUACCCCAUACCCUUUCUUCUCCACACAACUCAUGUAUGUAUAUUGUUGUUUUGUCAUUUAAAGUUCCAUUAUCCUCCUUGAGAACCAGUUUUCACCACACUUGCUCAUUUUGAAACUAACCCUAAAUGUCUAUGGCCAAGAGGAUCCCAGCCUUUGUGCUAAGGCUCAUAGCCUUGGGUGCAACCAUUACUGCCACUGUUGUCAUGGUCACAAGCCAUGACUCUGCUACAGUAUUGAACAUAACCUUUGGGGCAAAGUAUAGCGACUCACCCUCACUCAAGUAUUUUGUGGUGAUUAACGCAAUUGCCAGUGGGUAUGGCCUCAUAGUUCUCUUUCUUCCAACCAAAUGUUCACUUUGGCGCUUUGUGUUGGUUGCUGAUUUGGUUAUAAUGGCAUUACUAGAUUCAAGCAUAUCAGCAGCUGCAGCAAUAGGCUAUGUGGGGAGGAAAGGGAACAUCCAUGCUGGUUGGCUACCAAUUUGUGGCCAAGUCCCAAAGUUUUGUGACCAUGCCUCUGGAGCUAUCAUUUCCGGCAUCAUUGCCACCAUAAUUUACUUUGCUCUCCUUCUCCAUUCUCUCCACAAUGUCAUCAAUCUUCUUAGUGUCAAAGCUUAGAAGAUCAGUCCUCUCUCUCUCUCAUGGAGGAGAUUUUUGCUGUUUUCUUGGCUUAAUGCUCUUGUUUUUGAAACUUGGAUAUGUGUUAUCUGUAUAUGUGUGUGGAUCUAUAUGUAGUACUUUGAAGUGAGGAAGAGUAUAAAGUUAUCUUUAAGCACAUCGUAUAUGAAAGUAAUGUAUUGUGUUAGUGUGGUCUUGAUAGCAUGGACAUUUCUUUGUUGUUGACCUAACUUUUUUUUGGAAGUCAUUCAA